ACGGGGGCGAGAGCAGCGAGCAGCAGGGGCGGGGCCUCGGGUUAACGGUAGCUCGAGGGACUUGCGCCGAGCCCAGGUUGUUCUCGAAGCUCCGGGUAGAAAGUCCAGAGAGCGAAAAGCGCGGGGUUGCGUGCCCUGUAGCAGCAAGCCCAGGAGUAUCCGAUUUAAAGCAUGGCAAACUCCUUUGCAUUGUGGACCUUCACUGCACUUUCAGAUCUGCGUCCAAAUAUGGCUAAUCUGAAAAUAAUCGGUAUGGUUAUUGGGAAAACAGAUGUCAAAGGCUUUCCAGACAGAAAAAAUAUUGGAUCAGAAAGAUACACUUUUAAUUUCACCAUUCGUGAUUCACCAAACCAUUUUGUGAAUGUAUCUUCCUGGGGCAGUGAAGAUUACAUCAGAUCACUGUCUGACAGCUUUAGAGUUGGCGAGUGUGUGAGAAUUGAAAAUCCUCUGAUCCAAAGAAAGGAAAUAGAGAGAGAAGAAAAGUUUAGUCCUGCAACUCCUAGUAACUUUAAACUAUUGCUCAGUGAGAAUCAUUCAAUGGUAAAAGUUUGCUCCAGUUAUGAAGUGGAUACCAAGUUACUUUCUUUGAUGCACUUGCCUGUUAAAGAAUCUCGAGAUUAUUACUCAUUGGCUGACAUUGUUGCAAAUGGACACAGUCUUGAUGGGAGGAUUAUUAAUGUGCUUGCAGCUGUGAGAUCGGUUGGGGAGCCAAAACACUUCACAACUUCAGAUCGAAGAAAAGGCCAGAGGUGUGAAGUUAAACUCUUUGAUGAAAUAGAGUCUUCUUUCACAAUGACAUGUUGGGAUAAUGAGUCCAUUCUACUUGCACAGAGAUGGAUACCACAAGAAACAGUAAUAUUUGCCUCAGAUGUGAGAAUAAAUUUUAACAAAUUUCAGAACUGCAUGACAGCAACAGUAAUCUCAAAAACCAUUAUCACAACUAAUCCAGAGACACCAGAAGCUAAUAUCCUACUGAAUUACAUAAGAGAAAAUAAAGAAACAAAUGUGGAUGAUGAAAUUGACAAUUAUAUGAAAGAAUCCAUAAAUCUAAAUACAAUAGUUAAUGUCUAUACAGUGGAAAAAUUGAAACUAAAGGCUUUGAAAAAUGAAGGAAAAACUGAUCCUGUCUAUGGCAUUCUUUAUGCUUACAUUUCUACACUGAACAUUGAUGAUGAAACUACGAAAGUAGUUAGAAACAGAUGUUCCAGCUGUGGUUAUAUUGUAAAUGAAGCCUCCAACACAUGUACAAUUUGCAACAAAAAUGCUCCUAGAUUUAAAUCUGCUUCUCUCAGUUUUGAUAUGCUGGUUGAUCUUACUGAUCAUACUGGAACGCUCCAUUCCUGCAGCCUUACAGGAAGUGUUGCUGAGAAAACUUUGGGAUACACGGUAAAUGAGUUUCUUGCAAUGACAAGUGAACAGAAAACAACACUGAAGUGGCAAUUUCUUUUGGAAAGAAGCAAAAUUUAUUUAAAAUUGAUUUUAUCACACAGAGCAAGGGGUGGACUGAAAGUUAGCAUACUCUCCUGUAAGCUUGCAGAUCCUACUGAAGCAUGUAGGAAUCUGUCUGGACAAAGACACUUUUAAAAAUAAGCUUUGUUCUAAAUUCUGGAAAAAGUGUAGGGAUGUCACUUUUAAAUGGAAUGUUAUAUAUAAGAUUGUAUUUUGCCUAAAUGUAGUACAAAUGUUUCCUAGACAAUCACUUUGUUUGCUUCACUAGAAAUAGUCUUGUAAAACCAUUUCUACUAGGUUUGCCCUGUCUUCACACAAGCUGGAAAAUGUUUACU